AUGGGCUAUCCAUAUCUGGACCGGCCGGAUGAUGAGCUGGCAUUCCCCAUGCCCGGGGGCUUCGACCGCGGCAAAAACCGGAUGCAGCAGUGGAUCCUGCCUGACUCACCACAUCCGCCGGCGAGUGGCAGGUACCAUUUGUUCCUGAACUACUCCUGUGGCUGGUCGGGCCAAGCGCUACUGGCCCGAAGCUUGAAGGGUCUCACGGAGGUCGUCAGCAUCUCCCACACCCUGCAGUGCCCUGUGCGCCCCAAUGGCUGGCCCAUCUUGCAGCCGGACCCCACCGGCAACGGCUUUACCACUGCCUGCGAGGUGUACAACUCGAACAACCCGGACUAUGGGACAAAGCAGCUGACAGUACCGAUUCUCUUCGACAAGGAGAGCAAGAAGGUGGUGUCCAACGAUCCCGCGCACAUUCUGCUGAUGCUCAACGAAGCCUUUGGGGACAUGGGGAAUUCGCUGGAUUUGUAUCCUGUGGACAAGCGCCAAGAGAUUGAGGAGGUGAACUCUAUCCUGUACCCCGGGCUGAAUGAUGGGGUGUAUCGCUGCGGCUUCGCCCAGGAGGACGAGCAUUACCUUCUGGCAUUUGAGGGCCUGCAGGCGGCGCUACGCUUCAUGGACCAGGCCUUGCUGCGCCAGAAGUUCCUCUGCGGGGACCAGCUGACCCUGGCCGACGUCCGAGCCUUUCCGCACCUCAUCCGCUUCGACCUCAUCUACCGGCAGCUGAUGCUUCGCGCAAGUCCCCCGCCCCCGAGCCUGCCUGACGCCGUGAGGGAAUACGUGCGUCGCCUCUAUGAGUACCCGGAGGUCAAGGUGACCUGUGACCCUCACUUGGCGCUGGUGGGCUACUUCGCGCAGCUGGGAAGACUUCGGGGUCUAACUAAGACGAUAGCAGAGGACGACGAGAUGUACGAACAGUACAAGUACGAGUGGCUGCCUUCCAAACGGGAGCUGGAGCUGAAGCGAAAAUCUGAGGGUUUGCCGGAGAAGGCAGAGCACCAUCUUCCCGCGUGUACGGAUGCCAUGAAGAAGCAGAUCGAAGAUCAGCUUGCGGAGAAGGCACCUCCGAGCAUCAAGCCCUGCUUCCCCUUGUGCGGCGGCCCCGUCGCCACCACGGAGAAGUGCAUGUGCAUGGUGCCGGCGGAUCAACAAGAACAGGAGGCGGAGAAAUCCUACCAGCUCAAGUAUGGCACGGGCAGGACGUAUCGCAGACACCUGGAGAAAGACUUCGGCAUGGCAGCCGCCUGCUCCAAAGACGCCAGCCCCAGCGGGUCCACCUGGACUGGGCUCUGUGACAAGACCAAGGCCAGGUUGGAAGUGCUGGAAGGCACGGACAACCAGCGGGUGGCAGCUAGCAGGAUCUCCGACGCGCUGCUGGGCGCGUGCCGAGAGGCGAAGAAGGACCUCAAAGCGCUGGAGGAUCUGGCAGAGUCAGGGCUGCAGGUGAUCUCCGCGGAGACGUGGGACGAAUUGGUGGACCAAGUCAAUUACGGCCAAUGCGCGGACACCUUCACAACGCUGGAAUCCAUUCCAGAGCGGCCUCCUGCACCUGUCUACGACAACCUGCCCCUCAUGGAGGACUCGGAUGAGCUGCGGCCCUUGCUGGCGAAGCUGAGGAAGUUGGUGGGCCUGCAGUCCGUAAAGGAGGCCAUGGGUCAGCUCUUCGGCUUGGUGAAGCUCAGCAACUGGCGGGAUCUCCUCGGCAUGGCCUCUCUGGGGGGCCAGUCCUUCCACAUGCGUUUCCUGGGCAACCCGGGCACUGGCAAGACUGUGGUCGCACGCAUCGUGGGAGAGAUGAUGGUGAAGAUGCAGGUGGUGGCCAUGCCACCUGAGCAGCAGCAGAAGCUCGAAGAGGAGGCGAGGAACCAAAGCAAAGCGGAAGGGCGCCCCAAGGGCGCUCCCUUGGAUAUUCCGCUAGUUUUCAGGGAGGCGGCGCGCGUGGACCUGGUGGCUCAGUACCUGGGUCAGACUGCGCCUAAGGUGGAGAAAGCGGUCAGCAACGCCCUGGGGGGCGUGCUCUUCAUCGAUGAGGCCUACGCCUUGGUGCGCAACGGCAAGGACGCCUUCGGGCAGGAAGCAGUGGACACGCUCAUCAAGGAGAUGGAAGACAAGCGGAAGAACGUGAUCGUGAUCCUGGCGGGCUAUGAGUCCGAGAUGGACAGCUUCUUCGACUCGAACCCUGGCUUCAAGAGCCGCGUGCCCUUCACCUUCCGCUUCGAGGAUUACAGCUGCACAGAGCUGGGCCAGAUUGGCAACCUCGUCUUGGGCUCGCAAGGCCUCACCAUGCCGGCCGCGGUGACCCCGCGCUUGGAAGAUCUCAUCGCCUUCACCAGCGGCUGCUGCAACAAUAUCGCAGAUGCCGACUGCCACCCCUCCCGCGACAACGGCAACGGAAGAACCGUCCGCAACGUCAUUGAGGCACUCCAGCGGGCCAUGGCCACACGUGUGGUGAAGAGCAGGAGCACUUCGCCUGAGCUGCAGGCGAUGACGCUGGAGGAUGUAACUACUGUGGCAGAGGAGCAGGCCUCAGCCCGCCUGCAGGGCCCCUGUGGAACGGAGGGCCUCAUGACGACGUUGGGGGAGGCUGCCAAGGAGAAGGCGAGGGAACCCUCGGGAUGA